ACUCUGAAUAAAUGUUCGAUGUGUUUAAGUUCCCUAGGGGGUUAAAAGUCUGCCGUGACCCAACAGGGUAUAGAUUUACGGUUGCGACGAUGAACUAAGACCGACUUCCUCUGUGUUCAGAACACAGCCGGGCGGUGUGACACAAACGCAGUGCGCUGGCUUCCCCUUCUGGCCGAAAGAAAUUCUCUCUUGUAGGUCUCAGCCAAAGCUCAAAAAGCAAAUUUGUUUUUCCAGGCUCUCGAGCAGCUCUGUGAGCUCUGAUAACCUCAUGGCUCCUCACCAGCACGAGUACAGCGAAUCCACUCAGCUGUUGGAGCCAUCCCACCUUUGUAGGUGGCUGAACCUGGGAAGCUGUGGGCGUCUGCCAACAGAAGUGAACUGAUACCUCUGGUACUUUUUAAUUCCAAACAAGAUGAGGAUCCCCUCUUUGCUGAUGGGAUUCCCUCGUUAUUUCUCCAGAAGAACUUACUUCAUGAACUUCAUUUCCAGAGCAGAUUUUCUAUGCAUUGGAUCUCUUGCAUCAGUGCACCACUGUCGUACAGAAUGGAUGUGUUCUUUGAAUGGUUUGAGGAGAGAGCUCUGUCAACAAGUAGCCCCUGAGCAGCAAAUAGAGGGACUUUCUGACAGAGAACAAAGACUCGUAGACAGACUUUACAAUGGACUAAUCCAGGGUCAUAGAGCUUGUUUAGCUGAAGCCAUUACACUUGUAGAAUCAACUCAGAGUAGGAAGAAGAAAGUAGCCCAGGUGCUCCUUCAGAAGGUAUUAUCCUACCACAGGGAACAAGAAAAAUUAAAUCAAGGAAAACCACUUGCCUUUAGAGUGGGGUUGUCUGGUCCUCCCGGUGCUGGGAAAUCGACUUUCAUAGAGUGCUUUGGGAAAAUGCUUACAGAAAGAAAACACAAAGUGUCUGUGCUGGCCGUAGACCCUUCCUCUAGUACAAGUGGUGGUUCUCUGUUGGGUGAUAAGACACGGAUGACUGAGUUGUCAAGAGACAUGAAUGCUUACAUCAGACCAUCUCCAACCAGUGGGACGCUGGGAGGUGUAACGAGGACCACAAAUGAAGCCAUUCUGCUGUGUGAAGGAGGAGGCUACGAUGUUGUUCUUGUGGAAACUGUAGGUAUGUGCUUAGGGCUUCCUUUUAACUAUCCUGUUGUGAUAUCUAAAUAAGGUGUGUUACUAAUUGCAUGCUUUCCUCCUUGAGUUUGUUUCAUACGUGGUCACUGGUUGAACACGAAUGCCCAUUCUG